AUGGCACUUGGCACAAGUACCCGAGUGAAGUUCAGUUUUGACAGUUGUAAUGUAACAGUGGUCAUCCUAGUUUUUUAUACCUCCUUGCAUUUUGAUACCAAAAUAUUAGAUAUUCGUAAAGUGGUAUUACGUGAACAAGAUGAAAAUGAGAGCCCACGCACAUCGGGAAAGGUGGAAUGCGACCCGCUAGCGACGAGUGAUAUGUCAACACGUAAUACGGCCACAUCGUUCCGCGCUCGCCGCGGCCACAAGGAGCGGUCAAAGAACUUCACGGAACUGGAGAAGCGAACAGUCCUCGAGCUGAUCGCCCACCACAGGGACGUGCUGCGACAAGGCCGCUCCAACAACGCUACAAAUAGGAGCAAACAGUUGGUGUGGUCGACAAUAUGCGAGGAGGUGAACAAACGGUGCGGAGGCGACCGUCCCCGCACUCCCGCGCAGGUCAAGAUGUGGUACGAGAACUAUAAGAAAAAAUGCAAAAUGCGCGCACAUGACACACAGCAAUCGCAGUCGGAACCACCAGGCCUGCUGGACGGCAUGCUCUGGCAGAACAUACACCCUCUAGACGUAAAAGACGAGGACGGCGAGCCGACUACGAGCGCGGACGGUGGCCACAGCGUGAAGGAUGACGACUGCGUGCCGGUCAACGUGAGUCCCGCACACUAUAUGUCAAACGGUCGACUAUCAAGUACGAACGAAAGCGAAGAUACGAUGCCGAACGUCCUCGAGCCCCAAGUACAAAUAAUCCCCCAGUCUUCCCCCACCCCACCCCCUCACAAACCGCUCCCCCUCACACCACUUCCCAUCCCCCCAAUCCCCAUCCUAACCAACCCCCUCCAAGCCAUAGAACAAGCGAGAAUACAACAAAACUUCUUACAGAAAUUAAACGAACUAUCAAAUACGCCACUAAAUUUGAGUAAUUUAGAUGAAAUGAAGAGAAAAAAUGGUCAUGAACGACAGGAUAAAUCAGAGGAUCAGAUCAAACAUGAUUGCGGUACGGCGACCGAGGAGGAGAGGUUAUAUUUCACUGCGAAAAGACAACAUGCUAUAUGGGAGCAUGAAGCUAAAAUGAAAAUCUUAAAUAUGGAGCUAAGGCAAAAAGAAGAAAUAUUCUCGUUGCAAAAACAACUGUUUUUAAUCGAGUUACGGUUGAAAAUGGAUUUCCUUGAGAAGGCCAGCGCUAAAUGAUGGGAAAGCGCCGCCCAAGGAAACGUCAGCGAACUGUUUGUUUUUUUUUAAUAAAAGAACAACGAGCAAAGGAAAUGAGCCGCACAUCCGAGUGUAAUCUAGUUUUAAAAAGUGCCAUCUAUCGUGUAGUUACCGAAUUAAUUCCUUUCAUUUUGAGUUUAAGUAGUUAAACUACUAAAACGAUCCAUUAAAAAUUAUAAAUAAUGUUAUUUUUUAAAAAGGAGUUUGCAAUAAUACUUAAUACAGGGUAAAGGCACCAAUUGCUGUCGCAUACUGUUGGCCAGCUAUUGGUCCGUUUACCUCAUUAUGCAAUGUGACGUAUGAAGGCCAUUCGUCACAUUUGAGGCCAUAGACCAGAGUCUAGGCCAUUAACAACGAGAUAUAAGCAAUAUUAAGAUAGAUGCCGCCUUAAGGCCUUAACUCUUAGUAUUUAAAUAAAAAGUGGCCUUGUUUGGCCUUCUUUCAAUUGAAAUUACUUUAAUGUUAAGGCCAAAUUAUAGACAUUUAGUCAACAGAGAUGUGUGGGCCUGGUCUAGGCCUAUUGGUCUAGCAAAGACUCUAAUCUAUGGUCUCAAAAGGCCAAGUUUCAAUGUGAUUACGAAGUUAUUUUUGUAUUCGUUAUACAUUUGUCUAUAGCUUAUUUUUUAUGUUUUUUUUUUCGUUAGAAUAAGAAAAGUGCUUAAGUUCGUAAAACGCUGCGAUUUUUAUAGUAUUAUCUUUGGCAGCUCAUUGUGAAGCUGAAUGUCUCAAAUGUUGGUGUCAUUUGUCUCAAUUUUACAACGACAUUAUAUUUUGUUAAACUAUAUACAAUUUAAUUGGUUGGACAACGGUAAUUGGUUAAUAGAAAAGAAUACAGACAAUAAACAAUUUCCCUCCAUAAUCGAACUGUCAAAACGAAAAAACGCGCGAAACAUCAAUAUUUGACACAUUACAGCUAUUUGAUAAAUACUGCCAAAAUAAAAUGGAGUUUCGCAAUAAAAGGUCUAUGAAAGUAGUACUUAGGGGCUGCAAGUCUGUCAUUAUAAUUCGUCGGGGUCAGUAGCUAUGUUCACGAAGUAUUUUUCACAAUUUUAACAACAAAAAAUACUUUAGUCGAGUUUAAAAAAAUUGUCUAAAUAGAGCUUUGGAACUGUUUUAAAAAUAUUUCGUGAAUGUAGUUGUAAUUCGGAGACGAUUCAAGCAUCGUAUCAGUUAUAACGGUGGCCGUAUUUUUUAUAAACGUUGUUGAAUUAUUCUUUACGCCUAGUGUUGUUCUUAUAUCGAUAAAAUUUUAUUUUGAUCGAUAUUUUUAAUACAACUGG